GGCCAAGCCCAGCUCGCCCGGCCGAUAAAAGGGGCGGCGGGAGGGACACCGCCCUCACUGCCCUGCGCCGCUUCGGCCCGAGCUUUGGCAAAGGUGCGGGAUUCGGGAAUACCCUCUGGAGCAGCCAUGAACCGCUCCGUCAGCUUCAGCUCCCGCUCGGCCGCCGGCCCGGCCGUCACCCAGGUCCGGGUGAGCUCCGUGUCCUCCACCCGCGGGCUCGGCGGCCCCGGGCUCGGCCGCGCCGGCGGCUUCGGCAGCUCCAGCCUCUACAGCCUGGGCUCGGCCAGGAGGGUCUCCACGGCCGGGAGCGGCUCCUACAGCGUCCGCUCGGGAUUCGGCCUCGGGAGCGCCGGACUGGGGGCCCUGAGCCCCGGCGGCAUCCAGGAGGUGACGGUGAACCAGAGCCUGCUGACCCCCCUGAACCUGGAGAUCGACCCCAACAUCCAGAGGGUGCGCAAGGAGGAGAAGGAGCAGAUCAAGACCCUCAACAACAAGUUCGCCUCCUUCAUCGACAAGGUGCGGUUCCUGGAGCAGCAGAACAAGAUGCUGGAGACCAAGUGGAGCCUCCUGCAGGACCAGAAAACCACCCGGAGCAACAUCGGGCCCAUGUUCGAGACCUACAUCAGCAACCUGCGGCGGCAGCUGGACGGGCUGCUGGGGGACAAGGGGCGGCUCGAGGGGGAGCUCAAGAACAUGCAGGACCUGGUGGAGGACUUCAAGAACAAGUACGAGGACGAGAUCAACAAGCGCGCGGCGGCUGAGAACGAGUUCGUGGUGCUCAAGAAGGAUGUGGACGCUGCCUACAUGAACAAGGUGGAGCUGGAGGCCAAGGUGGACGCGCUGACGGACGAGAUCAACUUCCUGAGGGCUUUCCAAGAGGCGGAGAUCAACGAGCUGCAGGCCCAGAUCUCCGACACCUCGGUGGUGCUUUCCAUGGACAACAGCCGGAGCCUGGACCUGGACAGCAUCAUCGCCGAGGUGAAGGCGCAGUACGAGGACAUCGCCAACCGCAGCCGCGCCGAGGCCGAGGCCUGGUACCAGAGCAAGUACGAGCAGCUCCAGGUGACGGCCGGGAAACACGGGGACGACCUGAGGAACACCAAGAACGAGAUCACGGAGAUCAACCGGGUGAUCCAGAGGCUCCAGGGGGAGAUCGAGAGUGCCAAGGCCCAGCGAGCCAAGCUGGAAGCAGCCGUGGCCGAGGCGGAGGAGCGCGGGGAGCUGGCGCUGAAGGACGCGCGGGCCAAGCUGGCCGAGCUGGAGGACGCCCUGCAGAAGGCCAAGGCCGACAUGGCCCGGCAGCUCCGCGAGUACCAGGAGCUCAUGAACGUCAAGCUGGCCCUGGACAUCGAGAUCGCGACCUACAGGAAGCUGCUGGAGGGCGAGGAGAGCAGGUUGGCCGGGGACGGAGUCGGGAACGUCAACAUCUCCGUGGUCAGCUCCAGCGGCGGCGGCGGCUUCUCCAGCGCCGGAGGAUUCCUGGGAGGAGCCCUCGGGGCCGGGAUGGGCAGCGGAGCCCUCGGCUUCUCCUCCGGGGGGGCCACCAAGUCCUACUCCAUCACCACCACCUCCAGCAGCCGCCGCAGCGUCAGGAAGUAACUCGGGCCGCAUUCCCGGCGGGGAGGGAAACCCUCGGGAAGCGACGCCCGGGUGCCUUUCACGGGAAAAAGCGGCUGCGAAACAAAUUCCUGCCCCCGCCACGACACUCCCGAGGCUCCAUCCUGCUCCCGAGGCUCCAUCCUGCUCCCGAGGCUCAAUCCCGCCCCGGAACGUCCCCCCGGGAGCAGGAUCAGACCUCCCGGAGCUGGAUUUGGCAAAUCCCACAUUCCCGCUGCGCCUUUGCCGAAGACACCGGGAGAUUCUCUGCCCCCCCUUUAACUGGAUUUUGGAAGAUUUCCAUCCCUCAGGUCUCACCCCGGGCUGGGUUUUCUAAAACGUGUCAGGGAGAAAAGGGUGAAACUGCUCUGGAUUUCUCCUUAUUUUCCUUUGGGAACGGGCUCAGGGCUGGAAUUCCACGGUUCUCCUCUGCCUGGAGCUGUUUUCUGCCCAAAGGCAGAUUUAUUUCGGGCUCUUCGGAGCAAAAUAACCCAUCAGCUCCUCCCUCCCCCGUUCCCUGUUCUUCAGCGCAGCCCGGAGCUCGAGGGACAUUGCUGGGAAUUCCAAGUGUCCCACUCCAAAGGGGGAGAACAUUCCCAGUUUCUGGGUGUCUCUGUUCACUCCGGGGGGAUUUCGGGAUCUCUGGGGUCUCCUCCCGCGAGGCAAAAGCGAGUUUGGGGUUGGCGCAGAUCCCAAAAACUCCUCCUUCCUACCCGGGCGGGGCUUCGGCUCCCCCGGGCCGGGGGAGGGCGAGGUCGCGGCUGCCGCGGGAAGAGUUUUUCGGGAAUAACUCCAAGGAACUGCGCGGCCAUCCCGUGCUGAUGCUCGGCCGUGUCCCGGCGGUGCGUUUUUGGGUGGAAUUUUGAUGCUUUUCGUGUCUGUCCCGAGGCCUUUAAUAAAGUUUCCCUUUUUCCUGCUCGUUCA